AACUCAGCCCCGACGAUGACGCAUACUUGUUUUAUGCUUGCCUUAACCGCGCGACAGGCGGCAGCAUAAGCUAUUCCAUUCGCAUUCGGGAAACCGGGUUAUAGGAAUAAUAUCAUAGCAGCCUCUUUCAGCCCUAUAUUUGUUAGUUUGUCUCGAGUUUCGUUCUGAAGGGACAUCAAACAAAUCAUCCCUGCCCGACGAAACCUUUAUAUUUAGAUUCAACCCAACUUUGUAGUCGAACCUUGAAUCGUCACCACAUUCUUCCUCGACACGAGGUGGCGCGAUCGGAUAGAGUUUACUAGAGUCUCGGUAUCUAUCAGCACUGUUCCUACAAGUUCAGGGGCAGCAUCGGCAGUUGAUUCUUCAUCCCUGUUAACGACAUCAUCCGUGACAGGGUAAUCCGUACUUUCAGACGACACUUCUCACUGACUGCUAUAUUCACAUUUUAGACACUCAUAGGUCUACUAAGUAUUAAGAAAAGGGCCAGAUAUGGAUGAGCACGUCGAGGCCCGUUCGUUGGCCUCGCUCAACUAUCUGGCAGCCAAUCCGCCUCAGUAUCCGAAAAAGCCCAAUGAGGAAAGGCAAGAUCCGAUUAUUCUGUACAUCUCUCGAGUACCCGGCACAAGGGAUAUUAUUCUCUCAACUUUGAAACCUCAGGUCAAAAGCGUGACGGCUGAGGAUGUAGCCAGUUCGCUGUAUUAUGUUCAUCUGAACGGCCCCGAGGAUGAGGCUCUCAUCCCUCCUCCUGGCCAGACCAAGCCCCCGUCUCCUAGAACGAGCGGGGAGAGUUCAAGGUCAGCAAACCAGAUUCAGAGGAAACCUGUACCAGGGGCUUCAAGUCUUGCCUCGUCGCGAGUAGAUGAAAAUGCACCACCGCCAUCCAUCAAAGAAAACCAAGGCAAUAACGGCCAAACGAAGCCCCCGAUGCGGAAUCCCUCACUGCGGAAGCCGGUUCCUCAGUCUGCAUCAGCUCCUUUAUCUCAGCGACCGCCAGCCUCUCAAUUCGUAUCUCCCCCGCCACCUCCUCCAAGGAGACCUGUAGGACCUAGGCCAAUUGCUUCAGAGUCUCCUGAGAGGAACCAACCACUGUCGCCAAUUUAUGAUCAGCCUGAGUAUCAGAUGAGGCCAAGCAUGGAAGUACCUUCAUUGCCACCACGACCUAGCGAGCUUGAAGACCCAUUUGUUGGUUAUGGCCGAUCACCAUCACCCAAAUCGCCCUCCAAGCAACGUCCUUUCACACCCUUCUCACUGACUCUCAUAAGACGGGAUCCGAGCUCAGGGCAGCAAUGGAACGUCGGCAAAGUGGCAUCUUUCCAAUUGGAGAACCCUGAGCUUAUUCACGAGGAGAAGCACCGCCACCCCUCUCCAUCGAUCAUGAUACACCUAGAGACCUCCGGGUACGCUAAAUUCCGGGGCAUGCCAACUCAAACGACGUCAGCAGAUAUAAGGGAAAUAAGAGCUAGUCUGGAUAUGCGUCCCGGCAGCGCAUCGUCCUCGAUGAAAUUCCCCCAGAUACCUGAUCUCAAUCCCCCGGCUACCACUUCAAACGCCUUCGAGCGCCAGGUCGUGAUGGCGUAUUCGAAGUCCUUCGGCGCUACCAUCCGCGAUAAAUUCCACCACCACAGGAGCACCUCGGACGAGGACCGUUCGCCGCCGCCCGUAUUCCCGCCGAGGAAAGCUCGCCACGGCAGCAUGGGCUCGAUUGGGUCGUUUGGCGGGGACUUCGACGGCGGCGAGGCGCCCGUGAUCACGCAGCCCGCGCCGGGCCUGAAGCCGCGCGGAUACAUGUUCAAGAGCCCGUGGGGCGGGCGUUGCGAAUUCGUGACCGGCAACGCCGGACGCAGUCUCAAGUGUAGACACGUGCUGCCGAAUUACACCGGCACGGUAUUCAACCCGCUUGUAGAUGGACAGGAGGCCGGGCACCACGGCCACAAGCCGAAGGGCCAGCCGAUCAGCGAGCUGCGGUUCAAUCUGCCUAGCAGCGAAUUAUUCGCCGAGAAGCGGUCCACUGAGGGAGGAGUCAGGACCAGGGAUCAGCUGCAGAGCCAGUUCAACAAGGUGCUGCAGAAGGCGCACGGGAUCGACCACUACUACGACGACGACGAUGACGGCUGGCACCUCGAUCUCAGCUUAGGCCGCGAGAAGGCCGGAGGCGGCAACAGGGGCAAGAGGGCGAAGAUGGGGAAGCUGAUCGUGUUCGAUGACGGCCUGAAGAUGCUGGACCUGGUCGUCGCGGCGAACGUGGGGGUCUGGUGGACGGCGUGGGAGCGCACCGAGCGCGCCGAUUCGGAGAGGGAUUUGGCGCAUGAUAUAAGGUAAACUUAUUUACAUGUUAUUUCAUGUUAUAUGUUAUUUAUUAAGAUCGACGAGUUGUUGAGAACGGGUUGCUAAAACGCUUUUUGGGGGUCCGCAUUUAGACGGCGUUAUUGCAAGUACUUCCAUGCCCAUGCCCACCGGCGCUCUGAUGGGAAGGAGAAGGGGAAGAGCGUGGCAAUGGGGGAAAAGAAGCGUGGACGAUGAAAGCUAAGUGAGGGAGG